UUCGCAGAUUGCAGAAGUGGAAUACUCUUGGAUGGAGAAGUUAGAGGUUUGCCUGCAACUGUAUCAACAACAACUCCAUUUCUGGCAUCUCUAGAAUACAAAGGCAAACACAUCUGCAGUGCUGCUGCGGUUGCGAAACGGUAUGCUGUUACAGCUGCCCGCUGUGUAAUUGGGUUGAAUCAGGAGGAUCUCUCUUUACGAUCAGGAACGGCAAGCAGUACAACUGGCGGCAGGAAACAUCAAGUAGAAGAAAUUAUCGUGCACCCAGAUUAUCAUCCGGGCACCCUGGAUUAUGAUGUCGCCAUUAUCAAGUAUGCUCUUCUUUGUCUAGAAAAUACUGUUUUUACUCAUGAUUUCUGUGUUACACUCUUUGGAGACUCCUACUGCAAUAUCAUUGGCCAUCACAUCAAGCAAGAAAUUCUCCUCCACCAUCAGCAUGGCCAGCAGCAAACCCCUCCUGAGCACCGCAGCAACUUAUGGAUGGCCACUAAAGACGUCGCUUCUGGAUCCCUGGGUCAGGCACGUGAGUGCCCCCCUAGUAUCAAGCAAAACCUGCGCUUCUUCAUAUGGCAUCGAAAUCGG